AUGUCCAACUUCUCUCCGUCGAGUGAGGUGCCAAUGUCCCAAGAUAUUCAAGCUCAUUAUGUCCGCACGCAGGAGUACACCUCCGCUCCGAAAUACCCUUCCGGUGUUGGUAUGAGCCCAGGAUUGGGCUACUUCGGCCUUGGGCAAUUUGAUGAUGACAACGACACCGUGGUGGUUGACAAUAAGGUCUUCAGCCGGGCAACACACCAAUUUGCUGAUGGGGACUUUGUCUGCCCGGGAUUUUUCAACCUCGCGUAUCUCGACGGGUUCACGCGUCGCUUCAACCACUCGCAAUGGAGCUACGAGAUGCGCCGCGAGGCUCAGCCUAUCCUUCCAUUCUUAUCGCUGGGCCCAUAUUCAUGUCUCCGGGACCUUGAGUCGCUUCGCAGCCAGGGCUUCACUCUUCUUUUAGCAAUCCGCAAUCGCCAAUCCGCUCAUGCGCGACUCGUGUCUGGAGACAAGGCCGCCACUCAACUCGGCAUCAAGGCUGAUACGAUCGACGUGCUUGAUAACCAAGAGUUGAUUUCCGCGUUUCCUCGGGCCAUCCGCCGAAUCAAUGAUCAUCUCGCAGGAAUGGACGAUAAUAACCACUCCGACUUGAACUCCCCGAUGGCCGGGACGCCCAUUGCUUAUAUCAUGGUCAUGCUUAAUCUGGACGCUGUUCGCGCCACGCAUGCAGUCCAGCAGCACCGAUUCUGUGUCUCCAUUGAAGAUCCCAUGAGACGCAUUCUUGCUGCCUUCGAGUCUAUCCUAAUGGCCAAACGUGACGUCGAAAGUGCCAAACAUGCCAACACACAAAGUGGAGCAACGACUCUGGCACCUCCUCCCAUUCCGCCUGUGCUUCUAGCCAAGAAGCGUAGCUUCGCGGAUCGACAGGAGAACGAUAUCGACAUGGCCGAUAGUGAUAUGGAAAUCGACAGCAAGGGCCAUUCAUCCAUGGAUCGAAUGCCGCGGGCACCGUUCCAGGAUCGAGUAGCUUAG